UCUUUAUGUAUUAGUUUUCUAAAUUCUCUAGGAACAAAAAUGUUUAAAGUUUCCAUAAUUGAUAUAUCGCCUUGAAUUUAUACAAACAGACAUGUUUUAAAAACUCUGUUUACUUAAUAUUAUUUUUCCCUUCGUUGUUGUUUAUAGUCAAUGGCAAAUCUCUCAGUUCUCUCAGUUCUUCAAAUUCAUCAAGUCCCGAAACGUCGAUAGAACCCUUCUUUUCUUUUGAUAACCCUGACAGCCCGAUAAACCAAGUUCUUCAAAUUACGAUUCCGGGAAGACCACCAGUGGUCGAAUCAACUUUGCUACCGCCAAAUGGCCUUACUCCAUAUUUCAACGGCGAAAAUCGUUCGAAGGUUAUAGAAAACACAGCAUUGGAUAGCUUGUGGGAAUCUCAGGGAAAUUUUCAGCAUUUAAACACAACGUACAACCCUACAUUGCCUCCCGCUAACACCGAGUCUAUGAGCGCUCAAAGCGAACUUCUCAUGCAAACACAAGCGGUAAUGCAUGUUUUAAGACAUGCUAGUAGUGAAGGCAUUUCUUCAGGAGAUAUUGCCAUAGAUAUUGCGGGACUUUCACCUAGCGAUGUGAACUUGAUACUAAGUGAUUUGGAAAAACAUCAUUUAGUCGCAAAGUCAGGCUAUGCCCCUAUUUUGUGGUCGUUGGUAGGAAGUACAGACUGUACCGUAUCCAUGAGUCCCUCCAAACAAUCUCAUAAAACAUUGAAUGGAUUUUCCCACGCAGAGAAAAUACCUAUACCAUCUCCGAAACAGGCGCAAUAUUUUGAAACAUCGAAAGACUCCUAUUUUAAUCAAAACGGGCAAAAUAAUUUCUUGACAAGCGAAGCAUACACCACGCUGACGGCGGCCAUUUUGGCUUCUUGUUCGAUAAGCACUACAACAACAACACCCGGCGAUGUUCGUCCCUACGUCAAUGUUAUUGAGUCGAACCUAGUGAAUGUGCUUCAACAAUGUGGUUCACUUUCUGUGCACGAAAUUAAGACAAAACUUGACUUCAGAGAUGAGGCUACACUUCGCUUUAUCUUACAAAAACUGCUCGAACGUAAUGUUAUAGUCAAGGAUGGCGAUCAAAGAUGGCGGCUGGCGGGUUCAACACGAACCAAUGUUGGGGUUAUUGGCGAGGGACGUAAAAGAAGAAGUCCGGUGCAAAGCGAAGGAUGCGAAAUAUCCAGGAAUAGAACACCAACACCACCGAAAGAAAACAACCAUCGAGUUCAAAACGGUUAUAUGCACACUGCUGCUUCUAUUGUUUCAAACGGAUUCCUCAUGACCUCUGUUUCUCCUCCGACAGAGAAUGGAGUCCCAAACGGUUUCCACGUUUCUGCUAUUUCUCCCAAAGAGAACGGGAAUUGUGCUAGAAUUCCAAACGGUUUCCGCAAUUCUAAAACGUUUUUACCGAAGAAUGGUUAUAUGGAGGCUGAUAAGCGCAACGGCUUUUGGCAAAGUAUGAAUAACGACGAGAUGAAUGCUAAAGUUACUCAAAGUUCACAUAACAAACAACACAACAGAUCAUCACCACCUUUAUCCUUGAAAACCGAGACCAGUGAGGUCUUAGACGAUCUGACUGUCACUACACCCAAAUCUUAUCACAAAGAAUUAUACCAGAUUGCCAUGCAAGAGGACACAAUUUGUUAUCUGCCGUGUGGCACUGGAAAAGAUCUUGUUAUGGCUCAAGUUAUUGCACAUAUGGCGAUCUUAAACCGCACUAAACAUGCUUUAGUUAUUGUCCCUGAUAUUGUCAGUGCUUUGAAUGUUGCUCAAGUCCUGCGUAAGGAGCUCGGCUCGAAGAAUAAGCGAAAGAAAUUGAAUGUUGCUUUACAUGCAGGACAGUUGAAGCAAUCUAUUGGUAAAGUGGAAGUUGUAGUAAUCACGUCAACGUCAUGUUUAGGAUUACUAAACUGUGGUGCGCUCUCGUGGAAGGAUGUUUGUCUAUUGAUAUUUGACAACUCUGUCAUGUGUUGCAAUGAUGAAGCGUCAAAGAAGAUCCUUCUUCAGUACUAUCUGAAAGCUAAGAUGGACUUUCGUGACGGACAUGUUCCGAAGUUGCUCAGUUUUCUUGAUUCCUCAGCCGGUCAGGAAAACCUGGAAGAAACGAAGCGAGCAUUUAAUGAGGUUUUGUCGACAAUGGGAGAUGUUUGCUUGUCUUGUGUCUCGGAAUCAAUCCAGGAGCUCCAGGAACAUAAGCGCGAAGCCAUGUUUGUUUGUGUUCAGACAGGUUUCAAUGAAGAAGAAUUAAGGAUGCUUUUCCUUCUUGUAUAUUAUUUAAAACUUGUGUUUGACAACUUAGCUGCUCAAUGGCAGCCUUUGAACAGUUAUAGAGAACUUCUAAAGAUGUCGUUAAGGGAGAGCUCGGUGAUGAGUGACGCUUUUGCGAAGUUGAUUCAUCUAACAGGUCAGCCACCAGAGAAACGUCUUCCUCAGUCAUGUUUAAAAACCUGGCGACAUUAUCUUGCAAUUUGUGAAGUGAUCUUUUCUCUAGUCGAGUGUGGUGAAGACCUCGCAAAGGAGCUGUUGGUGAACCUCACACGCGAACCUUUUGGUUUUGCUUGGGCCAAUGACGUUGGGCUGCCUGGGUUCGAGUUAUCUCGACAACUGAUGGAGAAAGACAUUUCAAACUUGGGUAAGUUUUAUCCCUACAUAUUUUAGGUAGCUACUAACUGCACUGACAACCACAUAUAUUAUAUAUUUUAGUUUUAGUUUAGUAAAAUAUAACGAGGUAGAUUCUCCCUUGAAUUACUUUAUUUGCACUUUAGUUUUUUAGAUGUAUUUAUUGCAGUUAGUAAAUUUUGCACUAGCGAGGUAAAUCAGUUUUAAUACUUUCAAGCAGUCGUAGUACAGUACGAUAUUAGAUAUUUAAAAUGAGUUAUUAGAUAUUAAAUAAAUAAUCAGUAGCUUAGAUAUUUGAAAUGAGUUAUUUAGAUAUUAAAUAAAUAAUCAGUAGCUUAGAUAUUUGAAAUGAGUUAUUUAGGUAUUAAGUAGAUAAUUAGUAGCUUAGAUAUUUAAAAUGAGUUAUUAGAUGUUAAAUAAAUAAUCAGUAGCUUAGCCUGCGAACAGGCUCUCAAGCUGAAUUGAGAGCCUGCAUCGGUGACUAAUGAAUUUGAAUAUCUGCCCCGUAACGUUCGUUUUUCCAAAUAUGGAAUGUCUAUCCUUAUAUGGUGUUGUUUACAACUUUCGUUCAAACUAAAUUUAGACCGUGCAAACUAAAUUUAGACCGUACAGUUUAUACUGUUUUUCGAAAUAUAAGAUAUUCAAGCAAAAGUUCGAAUGUUUUAAAUACUGUUUUCUCAAAACAGAACAUUUCGUGCUUUGAGAUAAGACGGCCAAGACCAAUUUGAUCAGUUAAUGUGUUUUUUUUAUGCAUAGUGCUUCAGCAGUUGACAUAUAUAGAGCUCAGCGGAAACGUAUAAAUUAUAGCAUCUGACCAAUGAGAAUUUCGCGUCACGAUUUGAGACGCAGAUAUUCAGAUUCAUUAGUCAUCGAUGCAGGCUCUCAAUUCAGCUUGAGAGCCUGUUCGCAGGCUAUCAGUAGCUUAGAUAUUUAAAAUGAGUUAUUAGAUAUUAAAUAAAUAAUCAGUAGCUUAGAUAUUUGAAAUGAGUUAUUUAGAUAUUAAAUAAAUAAUCAGUAGCUUAGAUAUUUGAAAUGAGUUAUUUAGAUAUUAAAUAAAUAAUCAGUAGCUUAGAUAUUUGAUAUGAGUUAUUAGAUAUUAAAUAAAUAAUCAGUAGCUUAGAUAUUUGAAAUGAGUUAUUUAGAUAUUAAAUAAAUAAUCAGUAGCUUAGAUAUUUGAAAUGAGUUAUUUAGAUAUUAAAUAAAUGAUCAGUAGCUUAGAUAUUUGAAAUGAGUUAUUUAGAUAUUAAAUAAAUAAUCAGUAGCCAGUGGUAGUAUUGAUGUGAACAACCUUCUUCCAAAACUAUAGCAUUUCUUGAUAUUAUUGUGAAGGUUUCAAUCUCUCUAACCCUCGUGGUUCUGGCUUACGUGAACUCCUGGAUCAACUGAUGAUAAUACGGUGGGAGAAUGCGCGUGUCUCGUCGGAACGACCGCUGGCUUUAGUGAUUGUGAAACUAAACAAGACAGCCAACAUGUUGGCAAACUAUUUAGCACGAUGUCCACAGCUGAUGAAGAGAAAUGUGAAGACGACUUUUGUUGAUGGUAAGUGUUGUUUCAUUUUUCAUAUCAGGUGCUCGCGUAGUCCCAUCUGAUGAAAGGUCGCCGAACUGACCAUACUGUUUUAAUCAGCCUUGCAUUUCUUGAGUUUAUACUGCUCCUGAGAUAACGUAAAAAUCUCAAACAAGUUUUACUGAGCGGUAUAGGGGGACUAUGUCAUCAGAAAUCUACAUUAAACCCUCACGGAAAUUACGUCAUUUUGCCUAUAGAGCCUCGUUUUCGAGUAUGUGGCAUUAAGCCUAACAUCUCAAUCACGAAAACAAGGAUUUCGAGCCAAAGUGACGUACUUCCGGUAGGGGUAUUGCUUUGUAUUUGUGGUAAAACAGCACGUUUAUUCAUUCCUCAAAUCUUCGACCCGUAAGUCUGGUUUAUUAACAACCUACACUGGAUUAUGAUUUGUGAAAUAAAGCAGCGUGGUGUUUUCCACAAAACGAAACAACUUAUCUUCAUGCAACUAUAACAUAAAAACGUAGUGGGGUACAACAGCCGCCUUUGUAUAACACUAAACAAAAGUAGCGCCAGUUAUCGGGACGUUCCAUUGUCUUUUUCUUUGUUAUAAAAAUCCCACUGUUCUCCAUUGUGUCGACUUAUUAACAUUUAUACCAUGGAUAAUAAAAUAAAUGGACAGGACUCUAGCUGACAUCACAGUCUAAACCUAGUUGCAAUCUGUGAUGUUACGCGUAUUGCCAAAGUUCUCGGCUUUUUUGUUGUUUCGCUAUAUUUCCACUUUAAAAGAGUAAUAUUGAAGCAUAAACUGGUCUAAUUGUUUUAAAAACAUGCCUAAGCCACGACAAAGUAUUCAAGGUAAAUGUUUUUCGUCUUUGUUUUGUAUUUUUUUACAUUUGUGGCUACGAAAUUGGCGUAACCAAUUUUAACGAAAUUUGGGAUGCAUUUUUCACUGUUUAGUGCUUGAAAUAUUUGCUAAAAUUGACUGGAAGUACUUAAAGAUUUCAUUGUAGAAUGGCGUAGUUAUAUUUAUUUGCUCUUUGACUAAAAUGUUUAGCUGUAUUAUUUCUAAAUAUGCCGUUUUUGUGAAUUUUGUUUGCAACUAGGUUUCAACAUCCAACCAUAGGUAGCCCAACAAUCAGUGAUAUUAAUUCAUUUCUGUUCAAUAAAAUCAUACUACUACUUAGUCCCCGACUGCAUUGUUUACGCGUAUUACUAUAGGGAUACGUACAUGAUCUGACCGCGCGUAAACAAUGGAGUCGGGGACUAAGUAGUAGUAUGAUUUUAUUGAACAGAAAUGAAUUAAUACCACUGAUUGUUGGGCUACCUAUGAUCCAACCACGCCAUCAGCACAUUAGGUCACGUCAGCUAGUGUCCUAUCCAUUUAUUUUACUAUCCAUGUUUAUACACAAGGACCCCUUCAAAAACUGCAUUCUCCGAUUUUCUAGGAUCACGAUCUCACCAACAGAAGGCAGUGAUCUCGGCGAUAAAACGUCGUCAAUAUCAAGUGAUCGUUUCAACAGAUAAUAUUGAUGAAGAGUUACCUCACUGUGAACUAGUUGUUCUGCUGGAUCAACCCUCCUCGGUUCACGCUCUGGAACAGCUCCGUACAAGACGUGCUACGAAUGUCGUCGCUCUUUAUCGAGAUUUUGACGGGGAAGACAAACUGAAGGAACUGUUGAGAAGAGAAGAGUUAGCCGAGAAAGCCAUUACCCACAUCAGAGCCACGUGAUAUGAAUGUACACUGAGGGACUUUGAAUGCUACAAGUUGAUAUGAAAGUACACCUAUCCUCAUUAUACGAACUGAUAUGACGUAAUAUCAUAAUAUCCUUGGUUGGGCUUGAUGUUAAAGGUACACAAUGGUACAAAAACACGAGUAUUUUGCCUUUGUGACUGAAAGCAUGUUGUCGGUACUUAAGGUUUACUACCUGAGAAAAUAGUUGGACAUUUGAAGCAAAGGCCCUUUUAUUAGCAAGUUAGUCGACACUGGUAAGAUCGAGUUUGGCUAAAAUUUCCUGACGAAGGGCGUUCGCUCUGAACGUCGCAGUUUCUUUUUCAGGAAGGUCAGACCAAAACCAACACAACUUAAUGUAGAAUAGUACCUACACUGAACCCUCAUGUUUGAAAUAGAAAUCUAUCGUGGUUCUUUAGGAUUAGAUUCAACAUUUUCUGACCAACAACACCCAGUUUGUUUAAAUAAUAGAGCCAAACUACUGAUUGGCAAAAAUGUGGGAUCUAAUUGACCAUUUGCGUAAUAGACUAAAUUUUGAAUUAAACAAUCACAGCUUGAAGGAGCAUCACAAAAUUAGUAAUAUUCCAAAGUUUCGUUGCAAAAUGUUGUAAAAUGCGGAAAAUAUAGCCUUGCGAAAUUUGCAAUUUUCAGUCAUUUUAGAUUACAAACGGGAAAUUGACAG